GUGUGUGAAACACAGAGACACGUAAAUGCGUCAUGACGUAUAAUCUGUGCGACGCACGUGUACGUGAAACGGAAAAGAAGCAAUGGCGGCGGACAGGCUGCAGUUUCACGAAAUGGGUCUUGACGACCGUGUUUUAAAGGCGGUGGCUGAUCUCGGUUGGGCCCUGCCCACCUUGAUCCAGGAGAAAGCCAUCCCUCUGGCUCUGGAGGGCAAAGACAUUCUGUCCCGGGCAAGGACCGGCUCGGGAAAGACGGCUGCUUAUUCAAUACCUGUCAUCCAGCGCAUCCUGGCCUCCAAACAGACUGUCCGCGCGCAGGAAGUGAGAGCUCUGGUUCUGAUUCCCACCAAAGAACUCGGCAACCAGGUCCAGACCAUGAUGAGACAGUUGACUGCGUAUUGUUCCAGGGACGUCCGCGUGGCAGACAUCUCUGGCAGGGCAGACGUAUCCGCGCAAAGACCCAUGUUGAUGGAAAAGCCCGACGUGGUUGUGGGGACGCCGUCGCGGGUGUUGGCCCACAUCACUGCACAAAACCUGGUCUUGCACUCGUCGCUGGAGAUGCUGGUGGUGGACGAGGCCGACUUGCUCUUCUCCUUUGGCUUUGAGGCCGAUCUGAAGAACCUGCUGUGCCACUUGCCAAAGAUCUACCAGUCCUUCCUCAUGUCAGCAACCUUCAGUGAGGAUGUUCAAGCCCUAAAGGAACUCCUGCUGCAUAAUCCAGUGACUCUGAAGCUGCAAGGCUCUCAGCUGCCAGAUGCCAGCCAGCUGCAGCAGUACACCGUCAAGUGUGAGGAGGAGGACAAGUUCCUGCUCAUCUACACGCUACUCAAGCUCCGGCUGGUUCAGGGAAAGACACUGAUAUUUGUGAGCGAUGUGGAACGAUGCUACCGCGUUAAGCUCUUCUUGGAACAGUUCGGUAUUCCGGCCUGCGUGCUCAACUCCGAGUUGCCCAUUCAGUCCAGGUGUCACAUCAUCUCACAGUACAAUCAAGGCUUCUACGACUACAUCAUCGCCACAGAUGAGCGUAGCCUGGCCGAGCCUGCUUGCACGUCGCAGCCUGCUGGUACGUCGCAGCCUGCUGGUACAUCGCAGCCUGCAGCCAAAGGCAAAAAGAAGAAGAAGAAGAAGGGGGGAAACAAUAAAGAUAAGGAAUAUGGAGUCUCCAGAGGCGUCGACUUCCAGGAUGUGGCUAACGUCAUCAACUUUGAUUUCCCUGUGACCAUCGAGUCUUACAUCCAUCGAGUCGGAAGGACGGCGAGAGCAGAUAACCCGGGGACCGCCUUGUCCUUCAUCUGUCACUCUGAGCUGGCUUUGCUGAAGGACGUGGAGGAGGUUCUGACAGGAGAUAGCGCGGAAUCCGCCCUGCAGCCGUACGAGUUCAAGAUGGAAGUCAUCGAGGGCUUUAGAUACAGAUGCAGGGAUGCGAUGCGUUCAGUGACCAAGCAGGCGGUUAAAGAAGCCAGACUAAAAGAGAUCAAAAGGCAGCUGCUCAACUCAGAGAAGCUGAAGACAUACUUUGAGGACAACCCGAGAGACCUGCAGCUCCUCAGACAUGACAAAGCUCUCCACCCUGCUGUAAUCAAGCCUCACCUGAAAAACAUACCCGAUUACCUCAUUCCCGAAGCUAUGAGGGGCUUCGUCGGUUCCUGGUCGGACAGGAGGAAGAGGAAGGACAGGUACACACCACACGGCGUCAACAAGAGCAAUUUCAAGAAAAACAAAGGCAACAACCCUCUGAAGACUUUCCGCAGCAAAAAAAGGAAUUGAUCAUAAAAGUGAAGACCUUUUAGAUAACACCCAAAACAGGGGAAAUAAACUUGCCAUGUUUAUUUCCAUUCAUAAUAAACAUCUUAAAUUUAA